GGUGCGUUCCUAAACUCAGUCUCAGAGUCUCAGAGUGUACUCUGACCGUUUGUAAACUCCUGGAGUGCUCUGUGGAGAUGAAUUUCGGAGUGCUCGGAACACACUCUGGCCGGUCCAGCUUCAGAGCUGGAUUGUCACAGCGUUCACUUUCAAAAUGGCUAAUGGCUCGCUGUGGUGGAUGCGGAACUACAGAAAUGGUGUCCGGCUGGUUUGCAACAAUUGGAAAAUAAGAUAGGCACUGUAUAGUACAGCCCAGUGUGGCUCCAUGAACAACCUCAACGAUCCUCCAGGCUCGAACAUCCGGCCUGACCAGAGGGGAGGUGGUGAUGGAAACAAAUGGAAUUAUGCCUUGCUUGUGCCAAUGCUAGGUCUGGCAGCAUUUAAGUGGAUUUGGACAAGAGAGUCUCAAAAAGAGAUACAGGAAGUAAAAGCAAUAUAUGAAAAGGAGAUGAAAUCCAUACAGAAAGAUCUAGACAUGAAAUACCGGGAUAUUGUCACAGAGAACCGGCGAGCUGUGGCUCACCUUGAGCUGGAAUUGGAAAAGCAGCACAGCAGGGUGCAGGGUUACCGGAACGCUCUUAUAUCACAGAGCCGCAAGCUUCUAGAGGAGCAAAAACUGUUGCAGCAAGAGCGCGAGAAGAUUGAGAAGGAAAAGCGGCAGCUACUACAUUCAGGGGCUGCUGCUGCCUUGUUCCGUAGCAUUUUGGAAAAGGAAAGUGAUUGGCAAAAUAAAGCCACGUUUGUACUAAAACACUUUGAGGAAGCAUUAGUUGAAAGGCAGAGUGCUUUUUGUAGCGUUCUUCUUCCCCGAGACAGGCGACUGGAGAUGGAGAAGAAUUUGCUCAUUAAAGCCGCCACAGACCCAGUCGCUGUGGAAUUGAAAAUGGAAGCUGAUCUUAAAACCAUUUUCAAACAUGACAGAUACUGUGCUGGCCUAUUAAACACAGACAAACACAAAAACGGAAGGUUGAUGUGGCUUUUUCUCAAACAGUGGGAGCUACAGGUUGAACUACAGAAGUUUAAGAGAGCAGAAAGGUCACUGUUGGAAACGUAAUCAAACUCCAAGUGACCUUGUAACUUGAAACACCAGUAGAUACCCCAUACAUGUUUUUUGUAUGAUUUAUCCUAGGUGUGAACCUAUCGUAGAUAUUAGUAUCACUUAAGACAAUGCAGGGAUUGUUCAUUUAGGCUUAAAAUCAUGUUUUGUAGUUGGUGGUGGUGUUUUUUGUUUUGUUUUGUUUUUUCAAAUAAAAAAAAAUAUAUAAUAAAUCAUGUAAACAUAAAAAGUUUAAAUCUGAGAAAACAGAUUUAACUGAAACCAUAAAUAAAGACUAACAUAACGGCUAACUUUAAAGACAGACCUAAACUAAGAGAAAAUACAAAGUGAAUGAAUGUCAGACAUCAAAAAAGGAACCUAAAGCAUAUUGCUUUAGAUACAAAACAAAACCUGGAAAUUGUCAGUACCAAGAAAGGGAGAGUAAAACUUUGAACAUUAAAAGAGUGCAGAUCAUAUAAAAUAAUAUAAAACCCAUAUUUCAUGCCUGUAUUUAAUAACUCAUUCCAGAUCAUUUAAUAUGUUUAAGUGCACCUUUCCUUUGUUUGUCUGGUUUAAAACAUUUCCGUAAGUAUUCGGAAGACAGGCAGCAAAAUAAUAAAUGUAUUUUCAGAUACAUUAAAACACAGGACUAAAUUACUUCUGACUGGCACUUUUUCUUCCUUGGUCAACACCAGCAGAAUUAUUUUGCUGCUUCUCUUUGCUUGGAAAGUAAACAAAUAAAAUCACAUCUUAACUCACUUUGUGUUAUGUAGGUACUGAUUUCUGAUGUAUGUUGUUUGCCAACUAGAUGUACAGUACUUGCCAAAAAAUGUUACAUAUACGUGCCAUCUGUAAAUAAACAAAUAACGGAAAAUAAAAUAAAUAACAGAAAAUAA